AUGGCUUCGAGAUCUUAUUCAAACUUAUUAGAUCUCACAUCCAGUAGCUCUCCUCCCUCGACACGAACGGGCAAGAAACUUCCGCGGGUCGCCACUGUGGCGGGUAUCAUGUCUGAACUUGAAGACGAAAGUCUAAGCAAUAAUGGCUCGGAUGCCCCAUCAUCGCGUAUAAUCAUCGUAGCCAAUCAACUCCCGCUACGUGGGUCCCGCAGUGUCACAGACGACCUCAAAAAAGGCUGGGAUUUCACCUGGGACGAGGAUUCUCUCCUACUGCAGCUUAAAGAUGGUCUUCCUGAAGAUGAUGUGGAGGUAAUUUACAUCGGCUGCCUUAAAGAAGAAAUCGUGCCCGCCGAACAAGAUGACGUGUCCCAAUACCUGCUCGACAACUUCAGGUGCGUCCCGACCUUCAUCCCACCCGAUCUCCUCACGAGAUACUACCAUGGCUUCUGCAAGCAGUACCUUUGGCCCCUCUUCCAUUACAUGCUCCCUUUGUCCCCGGAACUCGGUGGCCGAUUUGACCGUCCCAUGUGGCGGGCCUACCUAUCGGUGAACAAGAUAUUUGCCGACAAGGUCAUGGAGGUAAUUUCGCCAGACGAAGACUACGUUUGGGUCCACGACUACCACCUCAUGGUCCUCCCGACUUUUCUAAGGAAAAGGUUCAACCGGGUCAGGCUCGGGUUCUUCCUUCACAGUCCCUUCCCUUCAUCUGAGAUAUACCGGGCUUUACCCGUUCGGGCCGAGCUCCUUCAAGCUCUCUUGAACUCAGACCUGAUCGGCUUCCACACGUUCGAUUACGCCAGGCAUUUCCUCUCCUGCUGUAGCCGCAUGCUCGGCGUCUCGUACCAGUCGAAACGCGGCUAUAUUGGCCUCGAGUAUUACGGGCGUACAGUCAGCAUCAAGAUCCUACCCGUCGGGAUACACAUGGGUCAGCUCCGGUCGGUGCUCGAUCUUCCCGAGACCGAGGCUAAGGUUUUUCAACUACGCGAAUCUUUCUCUCGCCGCACGGUCUUGCUCGGAGUGGACGACAUGGAUAUUUUCAAGGGGAUAACGCUGAAGCUCCUCGCUUUCGAGCAGCUGCUGACUCAGCAUCCGGAGAACAGGGGUAAAGUCGUCCUCGUCCAGAUCGCGAAUCCGGCCAGAGGGCGCGGGAAGGACGUACGGGAAAUCCAGUCCGAAACUUACGCGACCGUCUCGAGAAUCAACAACGUUUUUUGCGAACCGGGCUAUGAGCCUGUGAUCCUGAUCGAGGGCCCGCUUAACUUUUACGAGCGAAUAGCUUACUACGUGGUGGCCGAGUGUUGUCUGGUGACAGCUGUCAGGGACGGCAUGAACCUUAUCCCGUACGAGUACGUCGUGUGCAGGCAGGGGACUGAGAAACUAGACGAGGCUUUAGGCGUGGGCCCGGCCCUUAACAAGAAGAGCAUGCUUGUAGUUUCUGAGUUUAUCGGGUGCUCGCCUUCCCUCAGUGGGGCCAUCAGAGUCAACCCUUGGAACACUGAAGCAGUUGCUGAGGCCAUGGAUUCUGCCAUGAUGGCCCCUGAAGCCGAAAAACAGAUGAGGCACGAUAAGCACUAUAGGUACGUGAGCAGCCAUGAUGUCGCUUACUGGGCCCGCAGCUUCAUGGCGGAUCUUGAGAGGGCUUGCGGGGAGCAUGCAAGGAGAAGGUGCUGGGGAAUUGGGUUUGGGCUGGGCUUUCGUGUGGUCUCAUUGGGCCCGAGCUUCCGGAAGCUGUCAGUCGAGCACAUUGGAUCCGCUUAUCGGAGGACCCGGAACCGGGCGAUCCUGUUGGAUUAUGACGGGACGCUGACUUCGCAGGGUGCGGCUGAUACGCGUCCUAAUGAGGAGGCUGUCGGGGUAUUGGAUAGACUGUGCCGAGACCCGAGGAAUGUGGUUUUUGUUGUGAGUGGGAUGAAUAAGGAGAUCUUGGCGCAAUGGUUUGCUUCGUGCGAGAGAAUGGCGAUUGGGGCGGAGCAUGGGUAUUUUGUGAGGCCACAACAUAGUUCAGUAUGGGAAACUUGCAUUUCUGUACAAGAUUUCGAGUGGAAACAGAUUGUCGAACCUGUAAUGCAGUUGUACACAGAAACAACCGAUGGGUCUUUCAUCGAAACCAGGGAGAGUUCACUCGUGUGGAAUUACCAACUUGCAGACCCCGAUUUCGGUUCAUGUCAGGCUAAAGAGCUUCUCGAUCACCUCGAAAGCGUCCUAGCAAAUGAACCUGUCUCAGUCAAGAGUGGGCCCCACACUGUAGAAGUAAAGCCUCAGGGGGUCCACAAAGGGCUCGUGGCCCAAAGGCUUCUAGCCAUGAUGCGAGAAAAAGAAGUGCUUCCGGAUUUUGUGCUCUGCAUAGGGGAUGACAGGUCGGACGAGGAUAUGUUUGAGGUGAUAACGAGUGCAAAGGAAAACGGUUCGCUUUCCCCAGUUGCUGAGGUUUUUGCUUGCACGGUCGGGCAGAAACCGAGCAAGGCCAAGUACUACUUGGAGGAUACUUGUGAGAUACUAAGGAUGUUUCAGGGCCUAGCCGAUGCCUCUGACCAGUCGGCUAAAAACAAUGUCUCGUUUUCUCCACAUGACCUGAUUGUCGUCGAUAAAGUGUGA